UAACACGCGCGCCAAUCGCCUUUGCGUCGUCUCGAGAAACAUUUUAAAACAGGACGCGAAUAAGGCUUUAUAAGAGAACCUGGAGGAACAAAUACAUCGAUCUCGUGAGACCUGCAGUUUGUCGAAGGGAUACUGCAGGGUGGCAACAAUUUAUACUGAGCUGGAGAGAUCUUUUUCGAAUGCUGGAACUCUAGAAAGCCCUAACACUGAUCAAUGAUCAUAAACUGCAGAUAUUUAUGCAAAUUCAUACUUUCACACAUACAAAAAAAAAAAAAAAUUGAAACUGAAAUGGAAGUACGUUUUAUUUUUUAAAUGAUAUAACAUGUACAUCAUUGUUGAUAUUUUAUAUAUUUUUGCAUACAGUUAGUCCCAUAAAUAUUCGUACCCUCUAUGUCUACUGAAGGAAUUUGUUUAAAUUAAAUGGUAGGUUUGAUGUUUCCAAGUGUAUGUUUGUAUAAAUAUAUACAUGUAUAAGCUUAUUCAUAUACAUAUUUAUAAUGAAAAAUUCAUUUGGUAAUAUCAAAACUAUUAUCUAAUUUAGUCAAACUUCUUCAAUAGACAUAAAGGAUAUGAAUAUUUAUGGGAUUGAUAGUAUGUGUAUAUUUCCAUGUAUUUUUGCAUAUCUCCAUUUGCAUGCAUUAAGAUCCGCAGUCUAGCGAUCAGGAAAGCAAUUUGACCUACGAUAUAGCAGAUUCGGGCACCGAUUACUUUGCUUCAGCAAUAAUCACUCACAAUUGUCGGAUUAAUCCAUAAUCCAUAAUUUAUAAUCCGCCUAAGAACUGAUCCCAUACUUCCUCAAUGAUUAAUCAUAAUCAUCGACAUUUUUUACUACCUUGUAACCGCUAUUAGUAUCAGAUCGCUAUCAGAGAAAGACCAAUUCAGCCGGUGAUAUCUCUUAACAGCCCACUCGAGGCUGGCCGAAGUGGAUCGCUGUAUUUGUUCCAUCAGCUGCACCAACCACCACGGUGUUUGCUCGAGCGUUACGGUGUUUGCAGCCGCGUAGUCGGCCUCUUUGGCCGGGAGUCGUGUUUGAUUGUUGCCAACGAGGGCCAAUUUGUUCUCCAGGGAGUCAAUUGGCAAACAGUUCUGUGUGCACUCGCUCGAUUGCCGCGUUGACAAAAGCGUGCGCCUCUACCGUCUCUCUUUCGGCAGCUCGAACCGAUCUUCCCUCUUCUUUCGUCGUCGUUCUUCCUGUAACUAUCGCUCUCUAUUGCUCUUGUUUCACGACUACGUAUCUUCAUCUCGUUCGCGAUGCUUCCUCCUCCGAUCAUCUCCAAUGCCGACCCUUGACCUCCGUCGGCUGAUAACCCUUUCUUUUCCACGAACUCGCGGCGCGUUUUCUCCCAAGAACGCCGACUAUCUGCCGUUUCUGGGCAAGUACGCGACAACCGUCCCGAUCGCGAUCGAACGAGCUCAGUCGGCGGUUUUAUGGGGAAAACGGGAUCAGUAUCGCGCGAUGUUCGGUGUAUCGUGGACGCAUCCAGGAUGAUGUCGCGGCUAGAUCGUCUCUCCGUCCUUCUCGCUCUUCUCUGCAUCGUCGGUUUCGCUCGUGCGAUUUACGACCCUAGAGAAGCUACAACAAAGCCACCGAAACGACGGGAGUCAGUGCUUCCUUGGUACUCGUCCGACAAGGAUGAUGUUGAUACAAGCGAGGAUCUAUCGCGUUCUCCAAAAUGGCAGACGGAUCCAGACAAUCCAAUCCCUAGAAAACCAUUAAUCGUGAACGCUGAUACAAAAGUCUGGAGUCCUUGGAGGAAAGAUUCCGAGAGUGGAAUCGAGCAGAGAACGGAAAUCACGCGUGGCAGCCAAUCCACCAUAAAUUUCGACCAGGAACGAGAUUUUCCUUUGGAGUACAGCCAAUUCGAGCAGCAAGAAAACCAGAGAUUUCCAGGUGGUUCCGAUGGUCUGGAGCAGAGACAAGAUGGAGAUAUAAAAUAUAAAAAUAAGAAAUAUAAAACAAAGAGUGAUCAAGACAUUUACGAGGGUAUACCUGCCGAUAGCACGAAGCCACACAAGGAGAAGAUUCUUCUGACGUCCAAAUCAAAGUCCACAGUCGCUCGAUACGACGCCAUAUUGGGAGUACAGUGUCCAGACUUGGAUUCGAUAGGGCAAUUCGUGUACCCUCCCGAUUGCAAAUUUUUCGUCAACUGCUGGAAGGGUCGAGCCUUCGUUCAACCAUGCGCACCUGGCACUCUAUUCAACCCAGACACUCUGGAGUGCGAUUUUCCGCACAAAGUCAGCUGCUACGGCGGAGCAAUCGCCGAUUUUCCGUCAAACGGGCAUUUGGAAUCCGCGGGAAGACGUGAGCCAUUGCUGCCUACUUCGCACAGUUUCUUAGAAAACGAAAGGCUACAACAACCACGAUGUCCACCUCAGAUGACAGGUAUGCUGCCUCACCCGACGGAUUGCAAGAAAUUUUUGCAAUGCGCAAACGGUGGAACGUUCAUUAUGGAUUGUGGUCCUGGAACGGUGUUCAAUCCUGCUAUUAGUGUCUGCGAUUGGCCCUACAACGUGAAAGACUGCAAGGAUGCUUUGAAGGUGGACGCAACACCACCAGCUCCUCCCGAGUACGAGACUUUCGAUUACAAAAAAUCAGAGUACCACGAACAUCCACCGGUGAAGAAGGUCGAGUGUCCUCCCGAUUACACGGGAUUAUUGCCACAUCCAGACACGUGCAAGAAGUUCCUCCAGUGCGCGAAUGGAAUCACCUAUAUCAUGGAUUGCGGUCCUGGAACGGCCUUUAAUCCAUCGGUAUCCGUCUGCGAUUGGCCAUACAAUGUGCCUGGUUGCAGUGAAGAGAAAUCCAUCACAACUACCAUCAGACCAUGGUCGUCAGGUGGUUCCAUCGACUCAGGACGUUGGCAGCACGGUCGUCAACAUAAUCAAUCCUAUAAUCAUCCUCCCUACUCAGGUCAGCAUCCUACGACGAACCGCCCAGGGACCGAUUGGGAUUCGCUGCGACCAACUUGGAGGCCUAAUUGGAGUACCUGGUCGACAGAGAAGCCACCAUCAGAUUGGAAUACUCCAAGACCACCGUGGAACCCUGGUCGUUGGAUCCCUGCCACAUCACCUGGUGGUCACGGUCAUUACGAGCAUGUCAGUCACACCAACACCCAUUAUGGUUCUAAUAGCCCUGGUGAACCGAACUGGAAUAAAGAGCACGAUCAAAUUGCAAAUUCGGACCUCUCUCAGACCCACUGGGCGUACGAUCAGGGACCAAAUGGCCAGAGUUUGAAUUACGAUGGCAGUUACACUCCUCAUCACCACCACCAUCAUUCGAAUCCUCAUGGGCCUCAUGGAAACACCGAAACUCAACAGUCUGCUCCUCCGUUUGGACACUUUCAGCCUCAAACACCUGGUCACGUCACUCCAGGUGGAAGCUGGCAUUCUGGUUCAGGAUAUCAAGAUCAUCAUCAAUAUAUUCCUGAUUAUCCUGAAGGAAAGGACGACUCGAGCCAACAGACUCAGCAAAAUCCUUUCGAUCAGACGGCUGAUCGAGGGAUUCCUGGUGGAGGUUUCGAUUAUUCUUCGAGUCGUAGUGUUGGAGAUGAAGAGAACUUGUCGAAUCGAAGAGUAGGCCAAGAAUUUGAGAUCAAUAGACAGGGACACGGUAGAACUAGUCCUGGAUUUCCUCAGUCAGGGAUCAAUCAACGGCCAGUAGCUGGAGGAAAUGUUUACAUUGACAGUGAUUAUGAAUUACCUGAGGAGCAGGAUUCCACUUUGACUGUCAAUAGGCAGUCGGCGAGGAAUAGAACAACCUGGACUCAUUCUAUAGCGACGGGAGGCAGAGUCACUCCUCAUAGUUGGAGUCAGCAAGGUCCAAGGCAGCAGGUCGAGCCCCAGAAUCGACCGUGGGAUCAAGGUGCUAAGAGCGAGGACAAAAUCCAAGAGUGGGGAUCUAGGACUAACAUAUAUCAAAGCACAGCUGACAGAGAGGCAGAUUCGAAGAUAGACCAACUGGUAUCGAAAACAAAUAUUUUUGAAUCUACCAAAGGACGCCAUCAACCGGGAGUUAAAAAUUCGCCCGACUUGUCAAACCCUCCAAAUAAUAUUUACGUGGAUAUAAAUGGUACCAGGGGCCAUUUUCUAACAAAAGAGAUUGAAGUCAAUCAAGGACACUCGAAAACAAAGACUUACGGGCCCAACGAUCUUGGUGAUCCAAGCAAACCUAACGGACGCGAUCAGAAUAUUUAUAUCGACUCACAAUCAACCGAUUUCGGACCUGAUGGUCCUUUUUCGGGAGUAUCAUCGGUGGAUCGUGUACUUCGACCACCGUAUAGUGGACACCGUACGUCUAAACAAUAUCCAAUCGAUUCUUCUUCGGCCAGUUCUGGAGAUUUACUGGGAUCUGAUACAAAUUAUCACCGUGUAAUCGUGCCAUCAACGAAUCUUCAGCCACCAUAUUAUCCACCCCCGAGUCGAUCACUGACUCCUCCAAGCUCGACGAAUAUUUCCAGGUCUAACAAUUACUAUCCACCUGUGCCAUCAAGUGACCUUCAGCCACCAGAUUAUGAUCCUGCUGACACGAACUAUCCACCUGUGCCAUCAACUGAUCUUCAGCCACCUAAUUACGAUCCCACUCACACGAACUACCCACCUGUGCCAGCGAGUGACCUUCAGCCACCCCUUCAAGAGUUUCCAAGUCGUUCUCAGGACUAUCCAGCUGUCACCUCGACAAAUCUUGAUCGAUAUCCAACAGUAUCCACCGAUAUCAAGCCACCAGAUCGUUUCUUGGUUCCUCCAAGUCCUGAUAAAUCGAACACGCCCAAUAAAUAUCCAAGUGUUCCCUCAAGAAACCUUGAACCUCUGAUUCCCCCAUCGAGCAACCCUCCGACCAUUUUACCAAAUUUUGUGAGUAGCAGCACUCAAAGAGUCCCAGACAAGCACAUGAUAAUUCUAAAGAAGAAGGUUUCACGAACUCUACAAAAACCUUCGAAUAAAGUUUCCACCACGAUGGAUCCAAACGUCCCCAGCGUGUCGAUCGAAUACGAUGAAAGAUCAUCAACGACCGAGGAUCCAGAUGUACCCGAGGGUGAACUGGAUUACGAAGUGGACGUGUUGGAUGAGAAAGAGGUCUGGAAGCCAGUGCUGGUGUUCGAGAAUAAAACCCAAACCACCACGGAGUCCUCUGUUAUCAUGAAAAUUACCAAGAAGAAAGCUGACGUGGACCUUAUCAAUAUCGAAGCUCCUCCAUUUGCAGAGGAGGAACCACCCUUCCCAUCGUAUUACGUGCCACCAGUAGAGCCAAUAGAUCAUUCAAGGAAAGUAGUUCUGCCGACGCCAAUUUCUGGUCAGGUGAUUCGACUUAGGGGUGGUUCUGGUCCCCACGAUGGUUACGUUGAAGUCCAAGGAACAAACCCUGGCUGGGGAGUCGUCUGCGAUUCUAGAAACAGCUGGACCUUAAAGGAAGCCCACGUCGUGUGCAAACAGCUCGGAUACGUCAGAGGCGCCGAGAUGGCCUGGCAAGGAAGGAAUAAUCACAACGGAGCGCGAACUUGGAUCGGCGCGAAUUCUGUGUCGUGUCAAGGCAACGAGACCCGAUUCCAAUUGUGCAAAUUCACCCACGAGCAGGAGUGUCGAAUAGAGAGAGACGCCAUCGGUGUCAGGUGCAUACAGAAUCGCGUCGCGCAUUGUCGCAAGGACGAAAUAUCCCACGAAGGACAAUGUUAUCACGUGGCGGAUGCCGAAAGCGGUUUGAACCACGCCGAGGCGUUGGACUAUUGUUCAAAGAGGCAGUCACGACUCGUCGAUAUCACCAGCCAGGCAGAAAACGACUUCAUAUCCGAAUUGCUGGUGCAGGGGCAUCCGGAUGUCGGUUCGAUCAUGACUUCCGGCGCCGGUUUCACCAUAAUGGGUCGCACUUUCUGGGUUUGGGAGGAUUCAUCGCGCGCCAAGUUCAAAUUCACCAAAUGGUGGCCAGGCUGGAUGGAAGACAAGAAGCACACGCCGAUCGUGGGCUCUCGUUCGCUUUGCGUAGUACUGAAGCGAAAGUUUCCGUGCCACGACAGACCAGACACAGUCUGCGUGGCUGAUUACUUCUUCUGGGACACCGAAGACUGCGCCACCUCGAAGAAAGGUCAUUCUUACAUCUGCGAGAGGCCUUACGACGACAUUGGUUGCGUUUAUGGAAAAGGAAGCCAGUAUGCUGGAAAUGCAAACGUGACUGCAACAGGGAAACAGUGUCUCUCUUGGGCUGACGAACGAGUGCGCCAUCCACUUGCAAUAAACGUGGUCAACAGAGAGCUGAGGGAUAAAUUGAAGGUUCACAAUUACUGCAGAAAUCCCAACCCCCAGAGAGAGACCAGGCCAUGGUGUUUCACUGGACCAGGUGGAGAACGAGAGUACUGCGACAUUCCAGCCUGUGGAAAUAUUGGGUCGUUUUCAGGGUCUCAAAAGUCACGCUUGACUGGCCAGUGCAAACCUAAGCAUUUUGAAUGUUUACCUGGGGAAUGCAUUCCUUCGCCGUGGGUUUGCGACGGAGAAGAGGAUUGUACGAACGGAGCAGACGAGAUGGCUUGCACAUCGCACAUGGAUCUUUUUAAAAAAUACUCGAAGCAUAAACUAGAAGGUUACGACGUUGAGAAGUGGUUGAACACGCCCCUGAAGACGUGUGCUCUUAGGUGCAAGGAGGCUGACUUCACUUGUCGAUCCUUUACGCACAAGGCAGCAGGAAACGUUUGUCUCCUGAGCGACGGAAACGUCGGGAUGACGGGAGCGUUGAAACCAAAUCGGGAGUUCGAUUACUAUGAAAUGAAGGAGAGAAGCGUAAACUGCGAGGGUAAGUUCGUAUGCGACAAUCGAAAGUGCAUAAACCAGACUCAAGUGUGCAAUGGGAAAAACGAUUGCCUCGAUCGUAGCGACGAAAGUAUUUGCACUGUGGAAAAUUUGGAUUACGAGAUUCGACUGGCUGGCACGGAAAAUAAACACGAAGGCAGGGUCGAAGUUAAGAUCUUAGGCGUUUGGGGACAGGUAUGCGACGAUAGUUUCGGAAUGAUUGAUGCAGACGUAAUUUGCAAAGAACUUGGCUUUGUUCUUGGCGCUCUGGAAGUCAGGCCAGGAGGAUUCUAUGGCAAUCUGGAUCCAUCAACCAGGUUCAUGGUCGAUCAGCUGAAAUGUCGAGGCAACGAGACCACCCUGCGCGAAUGCGACUUUGAUGGUUGGGGUGUCCACAAUUGUCAACCAGAAGAAGCAGUGGGUGUCAUUUGCAAGACUGCAGUCAACAGCUGUCAAGAUGGCCAUUGGAAGUGCGACAAGAGUCCCACGUGCAUCCCAACUGCAUUCAUAUGUGACGAGGUCGUCGAUUGUCCAGAUAAGUCUGACGAAAGUUCUGAACAUUGCGACGCACCCUUCGAGAUACGUCUAGCGAAUGGCAGCUCUCCUCUCGAAGGAAGAGUCGAGGUUCGUCACCAUGGCAUUUGGGGCACGGUUUGCGACGAUGACUUCUCGAACGCAGAAGCAACAGUUAUUUGCAGAUCCCUAGGAUACGGUGGGCCAGCUCUUGCUAAAAAGAAUGGCGCGUUUGGGGCUGGAGGGGGACCUAUUUGGCUGGACGAAGUUUUCUGUCACGGAAACGAGACCCAGCUAUAUCGCUGCGAGCACAAUCACUGGGGUCAAAGUAAUUGCAAUCACGACGAGGACGCAGGUGUAAUCUGUACAGCUGGAGACGUUAACGAUCCCAAGUUGCACUGGGAGUCCCUGCCGGAUUUACCAGAGACGAACAUCAACGAUAUACUUCCGGCCAAUUGCGGGAAACGAUUCAAAGACUUCAAUGAUGACGAGGAUCUUAUUUUCGCGAAGGUAGUGCACGGUACCAUCGCGCCAAAGGGCACCUACCCCUGGCAGGCCAGCAUUCGUGUUCGAGGACACAGCAGGUCGAGCCACUGGUGUGGCGCGGUGGUUCUCUCACCUUUGCAUGUCCUCACAGCCGCUCAUUGCCUGGAGGGAUACAAUAAAGGCACCUAUUUUGUUCGCGCUGGUGACUAUAACACGGAGAUAGAUGAGGGGACAGAGGCUGAGGCCAACAUCGAGGACUAUUACAUACACGAGGACUUCCGUAAAGGCCAUCGAAUGAACAACGACAUCGCCCUGGUGUUGCUGAAGGGACGAGGAAUUUUCCUUGGCAAGGACAUUAUGCCAAUCUGUCUCCCACCUGAGAAUGCCGAGUAUCCACCAGGCCUCAACUGUACUAUCAGUGGAUUCGGUAGCAUCGAGACUGGAAAGUCGACUCAUUCCAAAGACUUGAGGUAUGGCUGGGUGCCGUUGCUUGACCAGUCGGUAUGUCGAGCUGAUCACAUUUAUGGCGAGGGUGCAAUUAGCGACGGAAUGGUCUGCGCUGGAUACCUGGACGAAGGUAUCGACACCUGCGAUGGCGAUUCUGGUGGGCCACUAGCUUGCUAUCACAAUGGAGCCUUCACGUUGUACGGAAUUACCAGCUGGGGGCAACAUUGUGGCAAAGCCAAUAAGCCAGGCGUUUACGUGCGAAUUUCGCAUUAUCGUCGUUGGAUCGAUCAAAAGAUAAGGGAGUCUUUAGCAGGAAGAUAGAGCUUGAUUCGACAUCCAUUUGUAACCUCGUUGCGCGUACAAUGAGUUAAUCGUGAAUGAGUCGAAUAAUUGAUUAAAAUAUGUACGAUACUUAAAUUGUUUACUUACUGUGCGUUGAUCGAUUAGACGCCAUAUUUUCCUAGUAUUAGAUUCUUACUGUAAACAUAAGUUCGAAUGUAAGUUAAUAUUUCGUUAUCCAAUAACAAUACACAACAGAAUUAUUUAUGUAAAGAUGUAUGAACUGUUGAAAUGAUUAGAAAAAGUUCUUUUUUAAAUUACAACUGUAUUAAAGUUAUCUUAAUAAUUGU